AUGGCAAAAAGCUGCAGUUCAAUGUUGCUGCUGGUCUGCUUGACUUUUUUGGUGAUCGUCUCUUCUCCAAAAAAUGAAGUUCAAGCUGACGCGUUAAUUGGACGCUACUAUGGGAAGGACAAAGAAUUCAUCACAGACUGUGACGAAGAGUGCAAACAGUUCGGAUACAGACGAGGACACUGGGAAAGCUUCUUGAACGUCAAAUGCUGGUGUGUACCAAAAUCUUUUAAGCAACAUCCUGAUUGA